AUGUCUGUGUCUGGGUCGCCCUCCGAAUCGGGCUAUUUGUUUGCCUCACAACAUCUUACUUCUGCUAUCGACGACGGUGAUGACGAUAUUGACUCUCUUCCUUCCUCAUCCGCGUCAGAUUCCUCGCUCGAAGACCACAUAUCAAUGUACGAUAUUGAUGAUGAUGACGACGACGAGUCCGAUGCCGAGGCUGAAUGGCAGGAGAGCAUGCGACAGCUGGAGCUCCUCCUUACAAUGGUGGUGAUUCCCUUUGCGGGGAAAUUUUUAGGGCGAAAAUGCGCCUACUGGGGCUGGGCGAAAUUUAUGGAGUGGAAGCAUCCGUUUGAGGGUUCAAUAGGAUAUGGGGUGGAAUUUCCUAGAGCCAUACCCGCCAUCACUUCUGCUACCUUGUAG